AUGCUUAGUGCACGACCUCCUUCCAACCAUUACGAAAAUAAUGAAUAUGCAAGAACACAGGGCUCCAAGACACCCGGAAGAGCCCUCAAGGGCCGUGCUGGUCUUCAGGAAAAUGUGCUCCACAAUGGAUCCAUGACCGCAAAUCCAAAAGAAAAGCGAGUAACUUUACAGACCCCAUUUCGCCAAGGAAGCAACAAGUUCGUAUUGCAAGAUACACACGCGUCAUCGAAAGCAGCCACCUUCUCCACUUCGCGACCCUUAGGAGAUAAGACACCAAAACCAAACCGUCAGAGUCUGUCUCUAUUUUCUCCUGGUCCACGCACCGGAAAAACUGGGAAAUUUGAACUAUCCUCCCUUCAAGAUGAGAUUGAAACACAGUCUCCCAAUCAACCACCGAGUUCCUCCCGAAAGAAACUUCGUCAGCCCAGGGUCAGUAAAAGUUUUCAGACGCCUGUGACGAAGGGAGAUCAUUGGAAUGUGAGCGAUGUCUCUAUAGAGGCAGGGAAUUCCACCCUAGGAGAAAUUGACGAAGGAGAUGCAAAUGAACCGGACGACAGUGAACCAGAAUACAUGCCGCCUAGAGCAAAAGAGUUGCCAUACGAACCUCCGUUUGAGAUGCCAAAUUACAAAGAAGUCGGACAGAUGCUCCGGACCCUUGCAUAUUCCUAUCCCGAGGACGACACACCUUAUGUUUAUCGAUUUGACUCCGAGGAUCUUCUGAAAGGCUGUGAAUGGUCUGUAGAGCAUAUGAAACUCAGCCUUCCCGAGUCCGAUGACGACGAGAUUUUUGGUCCCCGCAAACAGCAGCCAAAGGUCAGUGAUCGUACCAAGUCCUCGUCAACAACAGGACCGAAGCGGACAGUAUCACGUCCUGACCUUUCAAAGGCUCCGCGGGUAACCCGGAGUGGUACUCCAGCUGCCCCUCCACCACGGCCAGCAACGUCGACAGCUAUUCGAGCACCCGAUAAAAAACUAGUUUCGAUGUUGCCGCGACCGGGUACAUCAGCAUCGAAUACGCGUCCCCAAAUUGCAAGGGCUGUCUCUGGUGGUUGCAUUCGGCCGACUCCGUCCAUUGCAAAUAGGGCUGUAACCAGAAAGCCAGGCAGCGACGACAUACUUGCAUCCCACUUCGUCAACGACCUCGAACCUGAAGACGACUUCCGUUUCGCAUUAUGA